AUGCAAUGUCUUCUGGAUAUUCUUGAGAAGAAAAACAUUUUGAAAGUUGGUAAAUACGACAUCCUUAUACAGAUAUUUGAAGAUUCCGAUGUAAGAAUCGUUGAAAACGUAAUACAACCAGCUCAAGAAAGCAUUAAAAGGAUACUUGAUAUGAAACAUAACGAUGAAGACGAUACUAGUAGUUCAAAUUUUGUUUCUUUAGACAAAAGUUCAGAACAAGUAGCGCAAGAUGACAAUGACAUGGCCUUAAGCCUUGACAAAAUAAAUAAAGCAGAAUCGGCUAACAAUAGUGACACGAUGGAUACAUUAGAACAAAAUUCAGGAGAGUCGACAUCCUGCAAACAACUUCCGUCUUGUAGCAGUGCUUCAAAAACACACAACGAAAUAAAUAGUGUUGGGGACAUAUUGCGAUUUUUAGGAUUUGAGAGAUACAUAAACCAGUUUGAAGAUGAGGAGGUUGACAUAGAUAGUUUUUGGACAUUGAAGGGAGAGGAUUUACAAAGAAUGGGAGUUAAAAUAGGUCCUUCGUCAAAAAUUAUGAAGUACAUUGAAGAAAAUGCUAAAUCCUCCAUUUUCCAACUUCAAUCAACAAUGGUUUCGAAGCAGCUGUAUCCAUUCCAACGAGAGCUAUUGGAAAUACCACUUUCGGGAGAAAAUACAAUAGUAUAUGCAAGAACAAAUGCUGGAAAAACUUUGAUAGCAUUUACAGUAAUUGCUGAACAUCUUGAAAAAAAUCCCGAAGGUAAAGUAUUGUUUACUGCAAGAACGAAUCUGUUGCUGGAUCAACAGUUUCAAAGAGCACAAGAUUUUUUUCUCAAUAAUAAAAAGAUAGAUUUAUUUUGUUUGAGAGCCGAUGAAGAUCGAACAGAAUACACAUUUUCCAAUGUGAUGAAAGUAUACAAUGUAUUCUUCAUGACCCCACAGUUAUUUGUGAAUAACCUUAGUAGAAAUGAUGAUUUGAAAGUCAAUAUUGACGAAUUUACUCUUCUUGUAUUCGAUGAGUGUCAUCAUACAAUGGGAUUUGAUGCAUACAACAAUGUUAUGGGAUUCUAUCGCCUUAAAAAAUUCCAGAGUACCACACCAAAUUCUAUCCUACCUCAGACAUAA